AUGUCGUCGUUCCUCGAAAACGCCUACAGCUUGGUUCACCAGGACAAUGCGGCCGAUGUGCCCACCAUGUCCGAGCUGCGUACGCAGCUGGAGAAGGGCACAGAUGAGAGCAAGGUCGGCACGAUGAAGACCAUCCUGACCAUCAUGCUCAACGGCGACCCCAUGCCGCAAUUGCUCAUGCACAUCAUCCGUUUCGUCAUGCCCUCCAAGUCAAAGCCCCUGAAGAAGCUUCUCUACUUUUACUACGAAAUCUGCCCGAAGCUAGACGCUCAAGGGAAGCUCAAGCAGGAGAUGAUUCUCGUUUGCAACGGUAUUCGUAACGAUCUCCAGCACCCCAACGAGUACAUUCGAGGCAACACUCUGCGCUUCCUCUGCAAGCUUCGAGAGGCUGAGCUCAUCGAACCCCUAUUAUCCUCCGCCAGAUCUUGCCUGGAGCAUCGCCAUGCAUAUGUGCGCAAGAACGCCGUCUUCGCGGUUGCUUCCAUUUUCCAGCAUUCCCCCUCCUUGAUUCCCGAUGCAUCGGACCUCAUCUUCACAUUCCUCGAGACUGAGAGCGACCCAACCUGCAAGAGGAAUGCGUUCGCUGCAUUGGCUAGCAUAGAUCAUCAAAAGGCGCUUGCGUACCUCAGCUCUGUGUUCGACGGGAUCGCGAACGCCGAAGAGCUGUUGCAGCUGGUAGAGCUGGAGUUUAUCCGCAAGGACGCUAUUCAAAAUUCACAGAACAAGGCUCGCUAUUUGCGAUUAAUCUUUGAUCUUUUGGAGGCUGGAGCAUCGACUGUCGUAUACGAAGCCGCGUCAUCCCUUACCGCACUGACAAGUAACCCAGUGGCUGUCAAGGCCGCUGCCGCCAAAUUCAUCGAGCUAAGCAUCAAAGAGCCGGACAACAAUGUCAAGCUGAUCGUCCUCGACCGUGUUGACAUACUCCGAAAGAAGAAUGAUGGCGUUUUGGACGACCUCAUUAUGGAGGUUCUCCGAGUCCUCUCAAGUCCCGAUAUCGAUGUACGAAGAAAAGCCCUUGGGAUUGCGCUGGAUAUGGUGUCAAGCAAGAACGUCGAGGAGGUUGUUCUACUUCUCAAGAAGGAGCUGUCCAAGACUGUCGAUCAGGAGUAUGAGAAGAACACCGAAUACCGCCAGCUAUUGAUUCACUCCAUACAUCAAUGCGCCAUCAAGUUCUCAGAAGUUGCUGCCAGUGUUGUGGAACUUCUGAUGGACUUCAUCGCAGACUUCAACAACACUUCGGCAGUGGAUGUCAUCAACUUUGUCAAGGAAGUCGUUGAGAAGUUCCCUAAGCUACGGCCGUCUAUCGUUCGAAGAUUAGUAGAUACCCUUAGCGAGGUGCGCGCGGGCAAGGUCUAUAGAGGCAUUCUCUGGAUUGUUGGUGAAUACUCUACGGAGGAGAGCGACAUUAGGGACGCGUGGAAGAGGAUCAGAGCCAGCCUAGGAGAGAUUCCAAUCCUUGCUUCGGAGCAGAGACUGCUAGACAAUGUCGAUGGGGAGGAAGAAAAGGAGAAGGAGCAAGUUAACGGCCACCACAAGCCUGCUGCUCCUACCGGUUCAAGAAGAGUUCUUGCUGAUGGAACUUAUGCCACCGAGACCGCUCUUACCAGCCAGGCCUCUGCAGCUGCGAAACUUGAAGCUGUUAAGGCCGCACAGAAACCGCCAUUGAGACAACUCAUCCUCGACGGCGACUACUACCUCGCGACAGUCCUAUCCGCGACUCUUACCAAGCUUGUCAUGAGGCACGCAGAGAUUUCGUCCGACAGCAAGCGGACAAACGCCCUUCGUGCUGAGGCCAUGCUGAUCAUGAUCUCCAUAAUUCGAGUGGGCCAGUCUCAUUUCGUCAAGGCACCCAUCGACGAGGACUCUGUCGACCGGGUUAUGUCUAAUGUCCGUGCGCUGGCUGAGUUCAGUGAACACAAGGAGCUGGAGACUGUCUAUCUCGACGACACAAGGAAAGCAUUCCGUGCCAUGGUGCAGGUUGAAGAGAAGAAGCGAGCCGCAAAGGAAGCAGUUGAGAAGGCAAAAACGGCUGUACAGGUUGACGAUGUCGUCGGUAUCCGUCAACUCAGCAAGAAGAACAUGGGUGACGGUGCCGAUGAGAUCGAGCUGGAUCUCGAGCGUGCAACUGGUGGCGACUCCAGCGCAGCAGAGGAUCUAAGCUCCAAGCUGAGCCGUGUUGUGCAGUUGACCGGAUUCUCUGAUCCCGUCUAUGCUGAGGCGUACGUCAAGGUGCACCAGUUCGACAUCGUGCUCGAUGUUCUCCUGGUCAAUCAGACCACAGAGACUCUACAGAACUUGUCAGUGGAGUUUGCGACCCUUGGAGACCUGAAGGUUGUCGAGCGGCCGACAACGCAAAACCUCGGGCCCCAUGACUUCCACAACGUGCAAUGCACCAUCAAGGUGUCCUCCACUGACACUGGUGUCAUCUUUGGCAAUGUUGUAUAUGACGGUGCACACUCCACGGACACCAAUGUUGUCAUCCUCAACGACCUCCAUGUCGACAUUAUGGAUUAUAUCCAGCCCGCUACUUGCACGGAAACACAGUUCCGCACAAUGUGGACAGAGUUCGAGUGGGAGAACAAGGUCAACAUCAACUCGAAGGCAAAGACCCUACGGGAGUUCCUCGACCAGCUAAUGCAGGCUACCAACAUGAACUGCCUCACGCCAGAGGCCAGCCUGAAGGGAGACUGCCAGUUCUUGAGCGCGAAUCUAUACGCCAGGAGUGUAUUUGGCGAGGAUGCCCUAGCCAAUCUGAGUAUCGAAAAGGAGGGCGACGACGGGCCCAUCACGGGCUUUGUCCGGAUACGCAGCCGCAGCCAGGGGUUGGCGCUGAGCCUAGGCAGCCUCAAGGGGCUGAACAAGAUCGGGACCACGGCUUGA